GAACCGAUUAGACAGCUGUUAGAAGCGUUUGUGUGACUAUGACUGUGAGGAAGCACGUGUCAUGUCACAUGGAUUGUUUAUCAUUUCACAAAAAGCACAUGACUUACAAAAUGAAGUUGUGUGGCGGAUUGAUAGAACAACUGUUAUUGAGAUUGUCAUGUGAACGCACCAUGUCGUGAUUUUCACUCGCAGAGGAUUGACAGUUGAUAUCUAAAAAUGGAAUGGAAGUGUGAACACAUCACCUAAGCAGUUAUUUGUUUUGUUAACUUGGAUGAAGACAGAAAACUUCCUGGAAUAACCACAUAAUCUUUAAACUUUCUCAGUGUUAAAUUGAAGACAAGCAGGACGUUCCUGUGAAACCAUUGACAGAAUGGGUUUACCAUUAAACCAGAGACUGGGCUACAGUGUGGGACACGUUCUCAACGACCUCACAGCCUCAGUAUGGUUCAGCUACCUCAUUGUUUACUUUCAUCAAGUGAUGAACUUCAAUAAUAAUUUAGCUGGAUACCUGAUGUUGAUUGGACAAGUGAGUGAUGCUUUAUUCACACCCUUUAUUGGCUAUGAAUCUGACAACACAAGAGGCUUUUGUCGGUUGGGAAAGAGAAAAUCAUGGCAUCUUGUUGGUACAAUCUGUGUAGCAUGCAGUUAUCCAUUUGUCUUCAAUGACUGUAUUACUUGUUCCAAUGCUCCGGACUGGUCUAAGUUCAUUUAUUUUGCCCCGUUUGUGGUCAUCUUCCAGUUUGGCUGGGCUUCCACUCAGAUAUCACACCUGUCUCUUAUACCAGACCUCACGCAGGAUGAAAAUGAACGCGUAGAACUGAAUGGAAUUAGAUAUGCCUUCACCGUCCUGUCCAAUCUGGCAGUGUUUGGAAUCUUCUGGUUGUUAUUUUUAGUCCAUGGUGAUAAAAGUGACAGCACAGAAAAACAACUAUCAUCUGUGGACGCUCUCAAAUUCAGAAAUCUCGUAUUUAUUGUUGUGGGGAUGGGCCUUGUCUUCAGUAUUGCCUUCCAUUUCAUCGUCCGUGAGCCAGUGCAGCAUGAAGAUUUAAGUGCAGCAGAGAAUGCUUAUGCUGAUGGGUAUUCCACCAGUAUAGAAAAAUCCACUGUGCUCCACAGCCGAAUGACAUGGUCAUGUUGGUUGAAAACGAUGCAAUUUUAUCAGAUUGCCUUAGUGUACAUGUGCACCAGACUGUUUGUAAAUGUGUCUCAGAUUUAUCUCCCUUUAUAUGUCACUGAAACUCUUCGACUUCCGAAGGACACAGUAGCCAUUUGUCCUUUAGUUGUGUAUGUCUCAGGUUUCAUAGCAUCCAUUGCCAUGAGACCAAUCAAUUCCAUUCUAGGAAGAAAGGCAAGUGUUGCUAAUGUCUUGGGGCUGUUUUUUGGUGUUGGAGCCUGUGGCUGGAUCUAUUUUCUGAAUGAGGGCAAUGCCAGACAGGUGUAUGGGGCUGUUGUCCUCCUGGGUUUGGGAGGGUCAACAAUGCUGGUGACCUCACUGGCCAUGACCUCUGACCUCAUCGCCAACAAUGUUGAAUCGGGAGCAUUUGUUUAUGGUGCCAUGAGUUUCACAGACAAAUUAUCAAAUGGAGUUGCAGUUGUGUUGAUACAGCAUCUGCACCCUUGUAUAUCUUGUUGUCCUAGCUGUCAAGGAUACUAUCGCCUGGUGUUGACUUUUGUCCCCGGGGGUGUGGCAGCUGUAGCAUUCCUAGCUCUGUUGACUCUCCUUCCAAGCAAAAUUGGAGUCAGGUCAAAUAAUGAAAAUGCUUUGAAAAAACCAGCUCAUGGCUCAGAGGGAGAUAACUCUGACAGUGAUGAAGAAAGAAGACCUCUCCUUGGAAACCGUAUCACUCAAAAUACGAGCAUAAUGAAUACAAGUUAAACUAAAUGCUAUCUUGUGUGCACAUUUCAUAUGUUACUCUGAUUCUCAUUGAAAUAUUUAUUGAAUAUACAUAUGUAAAUAGCUUGGAGGAUGGGAACAGUCGAGACAUUUUUAAGCUAGUAUGUUGUGAAAUGGCCAGGAAUGGACAGAAAAAUGGCUCAGUAUGGACCUUCUCUAUAUUGUUUCUAUGUAGAAGCUAGGCCUCAACUAAUUUCUGGUGAAAAAAAAUAGUAAAAAAUGAAAGAAUGUUCUAGGAACAAUGAAUUUCACAAAAAGAAAAUUAUCAAAGUUAGCAGUUGAUAAAUGCUAAUGGAUCAAUAUACAUUUGACUGUUUCCGAAACAUUGAUAUUCAACAUGAUUUUUUGCAUUCUGUUAUCAUUUAAUUAAUUUGAAAAUCAUUUGAACUGUUUUU